CAGUGUACUAUCAAGGUCUAAGUUGCUGGGUAGGUGUGGGGAUGGGGGGCGGAAAUAAGCAAAUCCACAUUAUAUAAAAUCCAUUAUUAUUUCUAACUGGCCAUAGGCCAGUUUUUCUCAGACUUUUUGAACUUUAUCUUGUGUACCACCACCCCAGAACACAAACAGUCCAUUCCAUGGAUGAAUGUGCACAAUGUUCCCUGCACACAGUUGUGUACAUCCAGCAGGCUGCUAUGUACAAAGAACUGUAGUACUACACUGGCAUUAAACAAGGAGUAGAACAUGUUAUCUCUGCCUGCCCCCCUCCCAGGGGCGUAGCAAGGUUGGAGUGGGCCCAUCAUCCUAAAUUUUUUUUUUUAAGGUUUUGUAAAUUGUAGACGAUGCAAGUCAUUUAAUGGUACUUGAGAAAGACAUGGUGUUCUGGUAGCUCCAGGUCUUAACAGACACAUCAAUUUCGGAGGAUGAAUACAACUGAAGGAAGCCCGGGCGGGUGCGCGGCUGGGGGAGUCAGUCAUGUGACUUACCUCUGGGGCCCUCCAAGGCAGUGGGCCCCCAGACAACUGUCUCCCCUUGCUCUAUUAUAGUUACGCCUCUGCCCCCUCCCCUCCUAAAACCCAUGCAGACUGAGCCAAAUUAAGACUGAGCCAAAAUGGCGCCCCCCAACAAUGAUAUAUGUGUCAUGAUACAUAUCAUACGUGAUAUGUCACUGAUUUUUGAAAGACUUGUUCUCAUAAAUCGGGCUUGUAGGUUUUGCCGCUUAAGAAAUCUUGGAAUGCAGUUUCUCAGGCUUCCUCUUGUUAUUCUGUGAGCAUGGUUAGUUACACUCUCUGAAUGCAACAAGUGAAUUAACAUGCUUUUUUGUGUUCUCAUAUCUGCAACUAUGUUUAGUGAUCCUGUUUUUAUUAAAGCUGCUGUUCUAAGAAUCACAGUCUCUAGCUGAUGUUGACCAAGGAAGACGGAAUAUAUAGCUGCUCUAUGGACUGAACUGGACUCUAGCAGUCUGUGCUUUACAGUGAUUGAAGAAUAAAAAAUGGUCAGAUUUUAGCUAUAUCCUUGCUUGCAAUAAUUUAAGCGGUUGGAAAUGAUUUUCCAUAGGGAUGCUCAAAUUGGCUGAUAUUUUUAAUGCCCCAAGUGAUGAUGAAGACUUCCUUGGUUUUGGACCUGAUGUUCCCAUGGAAACACUGUCACUGGAGGACAGCUGUAGUAGUUCUGAUUCACUGGAGUUGAGAAAAAAGCCCAAGUACCUGACUGAAAAACUGAGAAGGAUUUUCACAGAAGACACUGAUUCAGAAAAUGAAGAGUUUGGAGGGUUUUCUUCAAAUGAGCUUGGCAUAAAUGGGGGGAAAGAUAGGGAAGAGACAGUGGAAUUGGAUCUGAACAAUGAAGACGACACUUUAUCCUUGAUGGCAGCUGAACAGGAGGAGGAGGAGAAGGGAAAGGCUUCCUCCAAGAGAAGAAGCUUUGGCUUUCGUGUGGCAUUGCAAUUUCCCACCAGGAAGUCUGCUGAGAAGAGGGCACCUGACAAAAUUCCUGACAGGUUCUCCAAGUCCUGUGUGGUGGACAGUAAACACCCUUACUUUCUUACACAAACAAAAAAUAAGAAAACUUGGGAAACAGUGGAGCAGGACACCUCCUCAGAGUCUGAGGAAGAUGCUAAGGAGGCAUCCAAUGAAAGCUCUAGUGCAUUGCUUAAAAGAGCCAUGAACAUCAAAGAAAAUAAGGCCAUGCUUGCCCAGUUACUAGCUGAACUGAAUUCUAUACCUGACCUAUUUCCUGUGAAAACCCCAACCUCAACCCCUUCUAAACAGAAAAAAACACCAAGGAGAACAUUUUCAGAAGGCCAGAUAGAGCGUCGCAUGAAUCCAACCAGGAAUGCUCGCCCCCCAGAGAAAUUUGCCUUGGAAAACUUCACUGCUUCUGCUGUCAGAUUUGCAGAACAGCUUCACAAUUAUAGACAACAAGACCUCUUAAAGAAAAGACUAAAGGGGGGAAAUUUGCAAAUACCCAAAAGAAGAAAAUCAUCAAAAUACUGUUCAUUCCGACCAGUCGAAGAUAUUACUGAUGAAGAUUUAGAAAACAUUGCAAUAACAGUUAAAGAUAAAAUCUAUGAUAAAGUCCUGGGAAGCACAUGCCAUCAGUGUCGACAGAAGACAAUUGAUACAAAAACCAUUUGUCGUAACGAAGGCUGUGGGGGUGUGAGGGGACAGUUUUGUGGGCCAUGCCUUCGCAAUCGCUAUGGAGAAGAUGUGAAAUCAGCACUUUUAGACCCAGAUUGGAUCUGUCCUCCCUGCCGUGGAAUCUGUAAUUGCAGUUAUUGUCGCAAACGGGAUGGUCGUUGUGCUACAGGGAUGCUCAUCCAUUUGGCAAAGUUUUAUGGUUAUGACAAUGUAAAAGAAUAUCUUGAAAGCCUGCAAAAGCAACUUGCUGAAGACAACUAAACACCUGGAUGUAGCUUUGCCAGAUUCAUAACAUCUCGACUUUUUUUUUAAACUUUUUAAAAUCAGAGUUGAAGAUCUAAAGUUUUAUUACAAUGAUGUGUAUAAAGUAUAGAAAGGUAGGGCAGAAGUGAUUUACUUUUAAAAAUUGAUGUAUGUAUUGCAAAGAUUUCUCAGGAAAACAGGGGUUCUCAAACUUGGGUCCCCAGGUGUUGUUGAACUAUAAUUUCCAUCAUCCCCAGCCCCAAUAUCUUGUCCAGAGGCAUCUGGUGGACCAUUGUGGGAAACAGAAUGCUGGACCAGAUAGGCCUUGGGCCUGAUCCAGAAAGGAUGUUCUGAUGUUCUCAAUAGCCUUUGGUGAUGGCCUCCUAGUAGUAGGAGUUCUAGUCCAACAUCAUCUACAGAUGCAAGUUUGAGAACUCUGUAAAAGGAAUCCCCAUGGUAUACAUUUUUUGCCACUGGAAAUUUCUUCUGAGAAAGCCUUAUUGAAAUAAAUGGAGCUUCCAUUCAUUGUAUUGGGAUCUGUGCAGGAGAAGUACCUGUGGAUUGUGCUGCCUAGAAACAAACUCCAGCUGUGAGUGGUUAAUGCCAAGCCUGUUGAACAAUUGCUCUAUUGCUUUAAAAUAUUUUAAAUUACUCUCUUAGCUGUUAGCAAUCUAAAGCUGGAUCAAUCUUUUAUUUUUAGUGACACAGUUUCCUACUAUCAGCUUCCUAUUAUUUGCAUUCUUUCUCAACCCAAACAGAUCUGUUUCAUGGGCAUCUUAAGCAAAAACAAACAAAUCCAUCCCAAAAUUGAAAUGUCAUAUUAAUUUUUAUCACUAUUCCUCAGAGUUUUUGAAUGAUUCUCCCACUUUCAGAUGUGUCCUACCUUCUUCCCCUUCCCACACCAACUUGGCAUGAACCAUCUCUUCCACGGGAGAGCUGUGAUAUUCUUCCAGGAAGACAUGUGGUGUGCAGCUUCCUGCUCCAUUAAAAAGACUGGUGCAUUAAUCCAAUACAGGAUCCAUUUGAAAUUAAUAUAGAAUAAAGUAGUAGUUCUUCCCAGAUCAGUUUGGGAAAGUGGGGUAUCAGUCACACCCACAUACCCAUUGAUCAUACCGUAUGGACCACAAUGUGAUCCAUAUUGUGGAUAGUAGAGGAUCUACGCAAACCAGUGUGGUUCCUCUGCUGGUUGUAUGUAACUAGACUGAUGAGGUGGGAGAGGCUCUGCCUUCCUGAGACGCCUGUACAUCUCUGGAACUUCAUGCCCUCCUUUCAAGAAUUGAAGGGGCUAAGUUACAUGCUGCAUUAAGCCUGCCAUUAACUGGGCUUUUCUUUAAAAACAGUGUUGGUGGGGGGACACAGGAUAAAACCUCUUUUCUCUCCCUGCCCCACAGCAACCCCAGUCUGGAUCCCUUGAGCAACUGCUAUUUUAAAAAGAAUAGUUCAGCCCAUCAUUACCAAGGAGGGGCUUAAUGUAAUAUGUAGUUUUACCUCUGAAAUCCAAACAAACAAGAAAUUGGCAUAUUCUAAUCAGAAUUUACUUCAACAGGAUGCUUAUGAUUUGCGUUAAAUAUAAUAUUUGAAGUCACCAAAAAACCUGGAUAAAAGCCAACAAGACACAAUGCCAAUGGGGCCAUGGGGGGAGGAGGAGGAGGUGUGGUCUUCGCCCAUUACUCAUGGUGGUGUCAAUUUGUUUCCAGAUGCAGUACACUGGCUGUCACAGCUAGUUGAUUGGGGCAAUAAGACGACUACUUUAUACACUGGAGUAUUUAACCUACACUUUAUUUUGAUAUGUCUAUACUGAUGCUAAAAUGAACAGAAAGAGUCAUAUUUUCCAAGAUAUCUAUUUUUAAGAGAAGAUUUUUUAAAAACCUAUUGUAGCCUUGGACUGUAAUAACUUCUUCUUCUUCUUCUUCUUUUUUUUUUUUUUGAAAUAUUAUAAGUUGUGCACAGAGUUGAAUGCAGUGAAUUACUUAUCUGCUUCGGGACUUGGAUUAUAGGUGCUUAUGUACUGUUACAUUUUAUGUGCUGUAUAUUAUAGAUACACAGCUUUGAUAUUAAACAAACAGAAAUGUGCUACUA